AGAUACCCGCCUGAACGGGUAUGUGUGCGCACGAGAGGGAGGAAGGAGGGAGGAAAGGAAGGUAUGAAGGAAGGAGGGAGGGGAAUUAGUCAGUGAAAGAGGAGGAGGAGGAGGAGGAGGAGAAGAAGGAGGAGGAGAGGGUGUUCUGCCGAGGUGGACGUGGCGGGUCCGGAGGACUGAGCUGCAACAGCUGAGGGGAAGCUGAACCGAACCGAACAGGACCAAUCUAGCUGACCAUGAAACUGACCACCCGCAGGCUGGUUCCAGUUAGGUGACGGCACUGAGGUCUCGGACCUUCUCCUCAUCGUCUUUGGAUUCCUCUCAGGGAGCCUCUACACCCCACAGCCCUCGGAUCAGGACCAGACCCUCCAGCAACCGUGGGGCGUGGAGGAGGAGGAGGAGGCGAAGAAGAAAAAGAGGCGUGGCUUCUUACCCUCAGCGAUUCUUCAGGUGUAGGUACAGAGCGCGGUGAGGAGGAUUGGCUCCACCCCUCACCAUGACGGACUUGGAGGCUGAGUGUCUGAGCCUCGGCCUGCCGGCGGAGUGUGGUUCCCCUCCCCCGCCUCUGGACGCCUCCCUGCACGCGGACUGCGGACCUGCCGGCACGGCCCCGACUCCCACCUUGGCCCUCCUCUCCUCGGACUGCCCGACGCCCACGCUCAGCUCGUUGGCUGCGGAGAUCGCGGAGCCGCUGGUGAUGCUGCCGUGCGUGAAGAGCGAGCCGGAGGAUGGGGACCUGGAUCCCAUCCGGACCGUCGACUUGUCCGAGAUUCAGCCGUUGUCCACCGCCGAACUGGGCCAUGACCAGAUCAAGAUGGAGAUCAGCGGCCUUGACUACAUCAAAUCCGAGCAUCAUGGUCACCUUGGCAACCACCCGCUGGGCCUGUUUCACCACAGCGACAUGUCGGAGCUGGACUACAAGUCACACUACGAGCCCUGCUCUGUGUUCGACUACAUCUCCCAGGUUACAGACACUCUGGAGUACAUCAAGUCGGACCACACCGUGGACCUCCACUGUUACUACAGCACCGAGCUGGGCUCCCUAAAGUCCGAGUACUCCGAGUCCAACGCCAUGUCUGCCCACCUGCAUCACAAUGGCCUGGAGUCCAUCCACAUGGCCGAGCUCCGCACUGAGCUCAACAAGCUGCGGCCCGAUUCUCUGCUCCUGGACGGGAUGGGCAAACUGGACCCUGAGUUCGGAGAUGGCACACUGUAUGAGCUGCAGCCCGCUCAGGACGGAAAGACUCCUGGAGAUGGCAUGGGGCGGGCCAGCCAGGGCGGAGGAGGGGUGGGUCUGGUCAUCACGACCAAAACCCAGAGUCCUACAGUGAGGAAACCCAGGAACAUGCAGGGGGAGAAACCGUUCUCCUGCACACAGUGUGGAAAGAACUUCAGCACGCUGGGAAACCUGAAAACCCACCAGCGCAUCCACACCGGCGAGCGGCCCUACACCUGCUCGCAGUGCGGCAAGAGCUUCGGCCAGGCCGGAAACCUCAAACGCCACCAGCUGAUCCACACGGGCCAAAAGCCCUACGUAUGUGCUCACUGCCCCAAAGGCUUCACCAAGGCGGACGACCUGCGCUCGCACCAGCGCCUGCACACCGGCGAGCGCCCCUUCAUCUGCACCGCCUGCAGCAAGAGCUUCGGCCAAUCCAAGGAGCUGAAAGCACACCAGCUGAGCCACACGGGCGAGCGGCCGUACUGCUGCCAGCACUGCGGCAAAAGCUUCACCAAGGAGACCAGCUACCGCAACCACGUCCAGAUCCACACCGGCGAGAAGCCCUUCGCCUGCUCGCAGUGUGGAAAGACUUUCAGCAACUCUGGCGUCUUAAAAACCCACGAGAAGAUCCACACGGGCGAGCGGCCGUUCGGCUGCACGCAGUGCGGGAAGAGCUUCGGUCGCCUCGGCCACCUGAAGGCGCACCAGCAGAUCCACACCGGCGAGCGGCCGUACGCCUGCCCCCAAUGUGGCAAGACUUUCAGCCAGUCGGGCCACCUCAAAGCACACGAGCAGAUCCACAAACGAGAGCGGGCGGACACGGCGAGCACCAGCAGCGAUGGCGGCAGCAGCGCCGUGAGCAGCGACAGCAGCUAAAGCCGACCCUUUAACCUCCGGAGAAACAAAGUAUUAUUCCUCUUUUAUACGAGCGCUAUAUAAAGUUUUCUUUAUGACUUUUCUUACAUUUUCAUACCUUUUGUGCUCUUUUACAUUUUAUCUGUGAGCAGAGUGAACGGACAGACUUAUGCAAGACUGUGUGUGUGUGUGUGUGUGCGUGUUGGGGGAGAGGUGGGGAACUGGACUGGUUCUGCAGGACCGGUCCAUAUUUUUGGAGUACUUAUGAAACACAAGCACAAAUGUUUCAUGGUUUUUUUAUAUUUACAGUUUUUUACUGAAUCAGACCAGCAGCACCGGACCGACCUGACCGGACCGGGACCCCGAGAGCAGAUCUCAUGGAUCUGCAGGGAUUUAACAUCUUGGCUCUGUUUACGCAGAAUCACUUCCUGUUUGAAGCCUCAAAGGUUUGGGUUAACAUCUGCAGAAGGAAAAGGUUCUGCUGCUCCUGGUUCCGGUGGGUUCUGGUUAUUAACUUCAGGUCCUUUCUGUUUAAAGCACUUACCUCAGAGGGCUUUCUGCUUGCGGCAGUUGGACCUCUGAGGCAAUAUGCCUCAGUUUUCUCCUUCUUAUUGACGAGUAUUGACCGAUAGGGACGCGGCCGGCGUCUCGUUGCUGACGAUAAUCAGGCGGGGUUCCUUUUUGCUCCGUAGCAUUCCAGAUUAUUUUUCCACAUGAGCCCAACAGGAACGUUGGGCUCUUAAGGACCAAACUCAGCACAAGCAUCCCAACAUCCCCUCUACUCCUCACCCACCAUGGAGAUCUCUCACUGUGUACAAAUCUUUAAUGGGUUUUGUUGUUCCAACAAAUGUAACAAAAAGAGAAAGUGAUGCAACAUCUUGUAAUGGAGACGAUAUUAAAGGAACUAAUGUUACAUCUUGA